AUGUCGUAUCAACACGAAGUCGUUCAAUACGCACCUACUGAAGACAAUGAAAUUCAUGCGUUAAUACGUGGAAAACCGUCAUUUUGCAAAGCUAAUAUUCGUGUCAGUACUCAACAGUUCCAAGACCGACUUUCCUACCUCGAUAAACGGUACGAUCAUUUGAGGAAAAUGACGCAUUCAUUGAGGAAAAAGGUCAACGAAUUGGAGGACAUAAUGCGGCAGGAUAAUGACGAGGAAAACAUGGAAACAAUCAAAAAACUAUUGGAUGAAAUUAAAAGAGAAAAGCAAUUGAUGCGUGAUGAAGCACAUAUAAUCAAAGGAGAACUAUCAAAAACAAUGUAUAAUGAAGAUUUGAGAUCGAAAAUUCUAAACUUUAUCGAUCAGUUCGAAUGUUUCUGGUACGAUGACAAUGAACGUCGAUUGGCUGGUGAGUGGAAAAAGAUUGAGGCAGAUAGAAAAAGUUCAGCAGCAGAAUCAGAAGCAUCAUCAUCAAUGAUUGGAGACGAUGAUACUCCAUCCACAUCUUCUGAUGGACACAAACCGUAUCGAGAGACGAGCAUGUAA